ACACAUCUGACAUCCUGGCCUCAUGGGGGAGCUGUUCCUUGAGUUUUGGAGUAAAAAUCCUACAGUUGAACUUCAUCUCUCCUGUUCAGCAUGCGUCCCCUUGAUUUUUUUUCCUGCGUUUUCUUCCGACAUUCCUCCUCUUUUCCAUCAGCCUUGGGCUCCAGCUGUGGACAACCGAAACAGACACAGCACCACAUCAAGGCCAAACUACUGGCACGUGUUUGUGUGCAUGUGUUGGCAUGUUUUUUUGACUGGAGUAGGCACUACAGCGGGGCCUGAGAUACACUGCCCAUUCCAAAGGGUGUUAUUUUUGCCCCUUUGCAGGAGUAGAAAAAGCAACUGCUCCAGAGGUGUGGACCGAGACCGCGUGAAUCUUGAAGAAUGCUUCACCUGCACUCAGUCAGUCAAAAUGGUGUUCGCCGUUCACACAAACAUCUCCAUGCUGGGACUGAAGGAAAUCCUGAAAUGUACCUUCACAUUGAAUGCUCCAGUAAAGGCAGGAGGCCCAGCACCCUACUCCCCAGAGCCAGGGGAAGACAGCACAGCAGCCCAGCCAAUCCAGGGACCCAAGAGCCCCACCGUCAGACACAGACCCGGCAACAACCACCCUCACGCGCACUGGACCCCCACCACGGAGGCGGAGCCGAAGGCCAAGACCCGGCGGCCCCCCGCCCGACAAGUAGGAGCGUGCAGAGCAGAAGCCAGGGCAGGGGCAUCUACCACCCAAAGGUGCUCCUUGCCGAGGACGAACCGGGAGAAGCUGCAAAACCGACCACCCGACUGGGACACAGGCGACAAGCAGAGGCCCCAGACAGGGCCAGGGGACGUUGAGCCUGAAGACCAGGCUCUAGUUGUUGUGAUGUUGUGGAACCAACAUCGCCCCUGGCCUUGUGGAGCUGCAAGGUCAGGGGCGCAGGAACCCCCAGGACACCACCCAUGCCCUGGCAGCAGCCACCGGCCUGCCCCACCCAGUCUGGGGGGUGGGACACAUGGAACAAUGUAACUGUCACUCUCUCACAGUGUGUUUAUGUUUGUGUGUAUACAAUUUGUCAUUUAAAAAUCUCGGAAACAAGUCUGGCAAGGCAUUUAAAAAAUCAAAUGUAAGCAUAUGUCCAGGUUGCACUAAAGACCCACUGUGAUGAAAAUUGUUUUCUUAAUUUUCGUAAAUCGUUCUUGUGGCACUUCAAAAUGGCAUUUCUGAGUAUUUCUUUAUUCAAAUUGUUGUGUCAGGAGCAGACGACAAAAUGCCAUUGGAAAAAUAGUUUUUUAGUGUGACAUAAAGGCUACAAUGGGAAGGGGGCAAGCUUACUCCAACAGUUCCUAAUGAACUUCUGCCGCUCUGCGAAAACUAUGUCUUAAAAACGAUAGUUUUUUUGUUUUAUUUUUAGUUUAGCUACAAUGGCAUACAAUUAUAAAAUACCACUGGGAAUACCAGUUCAAAAACUGAUCAGACUGGGAGUUAAAAAUCCAGGGCACUAGAUAGUCCUGCAGUCUAAAGUCAGUGGGGGAUAGCAAGUGAGGGAAUUCUGACAUGGCGAGUGUUUGAAUAGCUAAAACAUGGAGUUGAAUGGAUUCACAAAGAUUUAGGCCCUUUAAUGAUAUUGUUUGAAUUUACAACUGUUACAGUCUUCAUAGUAGAAUAUGUUUAUUGAUUUAAAUCAAAAUCACACCAAUUUGGUUUUCCUUGAUCCAUUAAAAUUUUUUUUUACUAUUUUUUAAUUUUGACCACAUGAUCAUUUCUGCAAUUUAUUGGUGAAAUUGAUUAUUUCUCAUAUUUUAUUCUCUUCAUCUUUAACUCAUUUUUAUGGGAAAUAUGGUUUCCAAUUUAGAUGAUUUACAACAUUAUAUCAGAAAAAAAUAUAUAUAAAUUAUUUUUAUAUUAAUAAAAACAUAAAAAUAGUGAAAUAAUAGCAUUUAACAUAAAACUUGAUUUUAUGUUUCGUGUAGGAAAAAACUAGAAACUUUGACAAUAGGAAGGCAAUAAGCAAGAAAGAAAUGGUUUAACCUGCUCUCUCACUGUUAGAUAAUUGUUACAAUCCAAAAUUUCCUUAUACCUAAACGUGGUUCUUUAGGAGACCUUAGGUUGUUUGUUAUCUAGGACAAUUAGAAUGCACAUAUCUCAGCGAAAUGUCUUUUAGGUCUUAACUGAAUAUACAAAGCAUAUGGUUUAAAAAAAAACUUCCAACAGGGGUGGAGUGGGUUGAAUGCAUGGUUGAAUGGGGGGGAGGGAGUGCUCACACUGAAGUAAAAAGAAGCUCAAAGUUUACAAAAGCAGAGCAGACACUGCAGACAAAUAUUCCACUGCAGCCACAACUCUUUGAUUAAUACUUCAGUGUUUAGUUUCACCCACACGUCUUUUCAAAAUAGGUGUUUAUGCUGCACAUGAAGCAAGCCAGAUGACUGUGCGUUCAUGUGAGAGGGUCGCUACAUGUGCAUGCAUACAGAGGAAAACAGACACAAGCGCUUCUAUGUUCUCUAGAGUCGUAAACUGCUGGCUGUCAAGACAGACUGAGGUUCCAGGCUGAAAUGUUGCGUUCCGAUUGACUCAGGUCUGGGCUCUUUCUAUUUGCUUCAUGUGGUCAAGAAAAUAACUCAAAUACAUUUAUCCAAAAUAAAUGUUGACUGGAUUCAUUGCAUGAAUACCUGCCUUUAAUACUGUGGAAAAGUGUUGGCAGUAUGUGGAACAAAAGGGACAAAUGAGUUACUAUGUUUUAAGAAAUGCAAAAUUCAAAGAAAUAAAAAUGUUUAAAAAU